CUUAAAACAGUUAGGGCGCGCAUCUGUCGCUGCCAUUGAAUAGCGACUCUCUGCAACGUGUGGUAGUGUUAUUUAAAGUCGCCUGACCAAUUGGUGCGACCAUUUAAGACAAGGAAGGGAUAUCGACGUGAUACCAGUAACAGUGUUAGAUAUAUUAAUUGAUAAAUUAUGGCUUACAGCCGACUCCGUAUGUUUAGCGUUGUUGACGUGUUGUUUGCCGUGUUCUCCAUGAGCCUCGCGAUGAGCACGUGCCCGCGACACCGAGGUCUGCCCGCGGGCCUGACACGCGCCGACAACCGGAUAGAGGAGAGGGCGCUCUUCUGGCUGGAUAUGCGAGAGGCCAUCAACGGCUAUAAGCCGGAUCAAGAAUAUAUACUUCGCGUUCAGACUACGUCCAAGAGGCACAAGUUCAACGACGCCACGAUCACCGUUGACCCCAUCGACAAGUCAUGCGGCCAUGGCCGGUGGGUCAUCGAUGGUCCCAGCCUCCAUUCGCCCCAGGGCUGCCCGGAUAUCGUCACCACCGAGCAGAAACAUCCCAUGGGACGGGCGCUCUUCAAAUGGCAGGCACCGCGUUGUGGAUGCUUGCACUUCAGGGUAACAGUGCAUGCAGAUUCGUUGUACUACAUCGAGGAUGCCAACUCUACGAGUGGGGCCCUGGCAAAGACCAUCUGCGUCAUCCCGUCUGCCAUAGAAGAGACAUCGCCCACCCCAUCGAGGGUCGUAACAGAGACAACCGUGACAGAGACAAUCAUGUCUACAGAUAAACGUAUACAGAUGUUGUGUAAAUUAAAUAAAAAAUACGAGCCUAAGAUGGUCGGCACUUCGGGAUUGCAGUUUGGUGAACAAGACCACGUGGAUCUACUAUUGCAACACCUCAAACACACUACGGACCUAUGUUGUCAACAGCACGGGGCUUCGAAUAUACGGGAGUGCUUUUCGGACGUUCGUCGCAGACGCAUUGACCAGUUUUGUGCCACGGGUGAGACGGCGGUCCCGUUAACAAAGCCUCAACAGAAAUGGGUGUCGCAGAAGCGCUCCGAUUGCUGCCUGGAGAUAGGCGAGUACCGGUACGAGUGUUUCGACGCGAGCGCCGGGAGCCAGGGGAUGCUCAAGGAUGACCAGGGGCUGAGGCAGGGCGGCUUCAGUCUGGACGCGUUCGAUCCGGUCAACGACCUAGACUACUUUGAAGGCGCGCCACUGAAAAUUGCAAAGAGCAGUUCGUCUAAAGAAGGUCAAACGGCAACAAAAGUUUCAAACACCGCAAGUCAGUUUUUGGUAGACGGACAUGCGGGGCGAUACUUAGAAAGAGACGAAAGUCCCUUAGACGACAGCGCGCUACCCCUUGCCAUUGAGGGGUUAGAGUCUAGUGACGUAGACAAUAGUAAUGAGGAAGAGCAUGUUAGUCGGGCAGACGACAAGAUGAAGGGGCAGUCACGACAUCGGAGUAGAAAAGACAAGGGGCGGUGUGGGGCCACGGAGCAGUGCUGCUGGAAAGGCAUCGACGCGGCGUUCGCGGGUGAAACGCAAAACAUUGCCGACUGCUUCGCUGAGGCCGACAGACGCAAACAGGAAGAAGAGCACUGGGACCGCGCCUGCGACCGGAGCUUCGUCAUAUGCUGUCUCCGUGUUAUAGACAAAUUGAAGCCUGGUCAGGUGCGAGUAUGACGUUCGGUCUACGGUUAUCUCCCUUGAGAUGUACUGAAUUAUCUCCCUUGAAGAUCUGGAAGUUGCGCUUCAGCUCUACUCACUGCCAAAUUAUUGCGCGUUUUGCAACAAUCGGACUAUUUAUUCUUUCAUUGUUAAAAUUGAAAACUGUUUUUUAGUUCAAUGUUCACGUCAUCACACCUGCAAUAGUUGUAGUGCAUAAUCACACGUCCUAGUGAUACUGUGACGUCGAAUUAUAAGUAUUGUUUGGCCUUAUUUGAUAUGCUAAGUUAACUUUAACAUAGAGUAUCUAAAAAGGAUGUUUUAGAUUUGGAUGCUUUGUGUAUUUCAAUUGAAAAUCAUUAAACAAAAGAUCACCAGAAAAGUUUAUCCAACCGACCUACACUAAUACAUUUUAGCAAUGUUUGUGGAAACACGUGAUUUUUUGUUAAGUGUACUAUUCAGUUGAUGACAGCAGGAUUUGUGAUUGUUUGACAAAUAAAAUGUGAUAACAUUUGUAGACCAUUGGUAAAUAAUCUCAUAAAGAUGCAAAGUACAGCCCGUCAAGGAUGUAACCAGAGUAGCUGCACUGAACUAUACAAAUGUCACACAUUUUAACAUUUUAUUGCUGCAAUAUUCUCUGGUUGUUUGCCAUACAUUAAAAAAGUGAGAUUACAGAGUAUAUUUGUAUUAAUAAUUUUUAGUAAGUAAAUAUCUGUAUUGAAAUGCUUGGGUUUAUACCGAUACAAAUCUAUACCUGUUUUUCAUUAAGGUAAAAUGUAUUUUCUGCAGUGUGUAUAACUAAAUGUGAUUAAUUUGUUGUCUUUUUAUAUGAUGAUAAUACUCAGAUUAAAAAAUGAUAAGUGUGAAUCUUUUAUAAAAAUCUGCAAUUGAUACCGCUAUAUAUAUUGUACUGGAAAUACUCAUUUUGGAUUAAUACUCAUUUUUCGAAUCAGUAGCAU